AUGGUCAUCAUACUAGUUUAUGUAGAUGAUCUAUUGAUCAUUGGAAGCAAUCCUCAGCUAGUCAACGAUACUAAGAAGACAUUACAAAGUCAGAUCAAAGUGAAGAAUUUGGGAGAAUUAAGAUACUUUCUUGGUAUUAAGGUCCUCAGAUCACAAAAGGGGAUCCUGCUAAAUCAAAGAAAUUAUGCACUUGAGUUGAUUUCAGAAGUAGGUCUGAGUGGUUCUAAGCCUGUUUUAACACCUCUAGAGUUAAAUCAAAAGCUUACCAUAGUAGAAUAUGAUGCUCAUGUUGGGAGACUAGGAUAUCUAGAAUUAGCAGACAUUACUGCAUAUCAGAAGUUGAUUGGGAAACUCCUAUAUUUAACAAUCACACGACCUGAUAUUAGCUUUGCAGUGCAAACAUUAAAUUAG